AUGUUUAAAAAGAGUAUUGGACCAUUUCAAAUAUCAAAUGAAUAUCCUUUUAAUAAAAAAAAUGAAUGUUUCGAAAAUAAAGAAAUAAUUGAACAUUCAAUUAAAAGAAUAAAAUGGAGUAAUGAACAUUUACUAUUAAUAAAAAAAUUAAUAGAUGAUUGCAGAGGAGAACAGGUUAUUUAUAAUCAAAUUUUAGAAACAUUUCCAAAUUUAAAUCAAGAGUUAUCUUAUGAUGCUUUUAAAAAGGAAAUCAAAUUGUUAAAAAGAGAAAUUGGUAUUGAUCAAGUCAAAGAAUUCAUAGAAAGUAAUAAUCAAAAUAAUUUAAAAAAAAUAUUAGAAAAGGAGAAAAAAGAAUUGGAAAAGAGCAUAUCAUCAGAAUUUAUAGAUACAAUUAAUAAUUUUGAAAUAGAAAAUGAAAUAAUAACUAGUAAAAGUAAAGAUAUAGAUGAUAUAAAGAAAAAUAAUAAUAAUAAAAAAAGAAAAUUAGAAUCAAAAAUAAAUAUAAAAAAAAAUGAAGAUUUAGAAAAAAUAAUUAAAAAUUCAGAAACUACAGUAUCCACAACAACAACAUCCACAACAACAUCAACACAUAAUAAUGAAGCAAUCAAAAUAACUAAAAAUUAUAAUAAUAAAAAUAAAAAAAUCCAAUCUGAAUUUAUACAAGUAAAGAAAUUUCAAAAUGAAUUAUUAACAAAAAUGUUAAACUUUAAUGAAAAUCUUUUAAAACAGUUCCAUUACAUAAAUAAUAACAGCAAUGAUGAUACAAGUGACACAUACAACAAUAAUAGUAAACAAAUAGAAAAUGAAGAGUGCGAAUCAAUUCAAAAUUAUGAAACAAAUACAAAUUUACCAAUAAAAUAUUUAAUAAUAGAUAAAAAUCAAAAAAAAGGGAAAAAUGAUAUAAUCGAUGAAAAAAUCAGAGUUGCAAUACCUAAAGUCAAGUUUGGGAAUGAACCAAUAUUAAAUAUAAUUUCAUGGUCAUUGUUACAUAAUCAAAAACUAUUAUUAAAGAUAAAUGUUUUAAAUUUUGAUCAUUUGGAAAUUGAUGAUAUUUUAUCAAAUAAUAAUAGUGAUAGUAAUAUUACAGAUAAUAAUAAACCAAUAGCAAUAAGAUUAGAAUCAUUUAAAAUUAAUUUACCACUAAAAUACUUGUACGGAAAUAAUAUUAUUAAAAAUGAAAAUAAUUCAUUCACUUAUUUUGAAAUACCGAUUAUAAACAUAAAUAAUUAA